GACAAGGUGAUCCUCUCGCGCUUCCAUGAUUUGUUUUAGUGCUGGACACUAUCUCGUGUAGACAGGCAUACGUUGACUGACGUAGGCCAUAGGGAAGACACGUGUACAGACUGUUAAACAGGGGCGGACAUUUGAACUUUUUCACUGGAUUUUCUUACAUGAAUAGUAAGCCGAAGUGGAUUAUCAUAACUGUGAAAGAAAAAGUUGGGAGCUUCGCGCCAAGGAUUUACCGGCAUCGCUCUGCCGUAGUCGUAGUAUUGCAGUGACACUGCCACACUCCGUCUGUGCAAUUCAGCGGCUGUCAUUCAACUUUGGUGGGCGGAGUCCAGGGACAAAGACGAUUGCGAGGCUGGAAUAUCGACAGCAGCGAAGAGAACAUAUAGCGAACCGCGAACAAUAACAACCAUGGGUGGCUUGGUUGUGUCGCGGAGUUCAGGCCAAUUUUUUGCAGUAUGUCUGCUGACAGUUUUAACACAGGUUUCGUGUUCGGGUAUUUUUCAACUCCGGUUGGCAUCAUUCUCAAAUGACCAAGGAAGGAACGUAAGCGGUCAGUGUUGCAGUGUAUCGUCAACAUCUUCCGAUACUUGUGGAUCACCAUGCAGGACAUUUUUCAGAGUUUGCUUAAAACACUACCAGGCCCACGUAUCGACCGAUGAUGAUUGCAUUUACGGUGAAGUAGAGACACCAAUUUUGGGCAACAAUACGUUCGAAAUUCCUCUAUCGGACAUGGAAACGUUUAUUAACCCAAUUAGGCUGCCUUUCACUUUCCGAUGGCCGGGUACUUUUUCGCUCGUCAUUGAGGCAUUUCACAGCGUGGAGGUCGGUCCCAAUGGUUUUCCAUACCCAGGGAGCCCCCGCAGCCUAAUUGCAAGGUUAGCAACCCAACGCUUUGCUGCAGUGGGAUUCGAAUGGAACACAGAAGUAUACAGUAGUGAAGACACAGACUCAGAAUUGCAUUAUUCGUACAGGAUUGUCUGCGAUGAACAUUAUUUUGGUGAGGAAUGUUCCGAUUUCUGUAGACCUCGCGAUGAUAAUCUCGGCCAUUAUACGUGCGAUGCCUUUGGAAAUAAAGUGUGCUUGCCAGGAUGGGGCGGCGAUUCUGUCGAAGAAUAUUGUUCAGUUCCAAUAUGUAAGGAGGGCUGCCACGAACAACAUGGUUCUUGCGAUUCACCCGGAGAAUGCACAUGCAUGUUUGGCUAUGAAGGAGAGUACUGUGACGAGUGCAUUGUGUAUCCCGGAUGUCAACACGGGUAUUGCACUCAACCUUACGUGUGCAUUUGCUAUGAAGGCUGGGGUGGACAACUAUGUAACCAGGAUCUAGCGUUUUGUACUCAUCAUAAACCGUGCAAAAACGGAGGCACUUGUAGCAAUGGAAAUUCCGGUGGUAAUCUGUACACGUGCACCUGUCCACCUGGAUUCACGGGGACUGACUGUGAAGUAGAAAUUGACGAUUGUAUUGAUAACCCUUGCCAAAACGGAGGUGUAUGCAACGAUCUCAUUAAUAACUACGCAUGCCAAUGCCCACCUGCCUUCACUGGUGUCCACUGCGAGAUACUGAUAGAGAGUUGCAGUGAACACCCCUGUCAAAACGGAGCUACUUGUGUUGAGAACGGCGCGGACUUCAUCUGCACGUGCUCUGAUGGAUACACAGGUCAUAGAUGCGAACAAGAAAUAGACUACUGCUCAUCAGAGCCAUGUCAAAAUGGUGCCACGUGUAUUAUUGAUCAGCAAUCUGGUUUUAUCUGCCAAUGUGCCCCUGGAUUCGAAGGAACUGCCUGUGAAAACCAGUUAGAAUUUUGCGAUCCAGAUCCUUGCCAGAACGGAGCCACAUGCCACAAUGGACCGUACAAUUUCUACUGUGAUUGCGUUCCUGGAUAUAUUGGAGAUUUGUGCGAGAAUGACUUUGACGAGUGCUUAUUAUUGCCCUGUUCGAAUGGAGGUACUUGUUCUGACUUGGUUAACAACUUCCACUGUGAAUGUCCUGCUGGUUUCACUGGAAAGGACUGCUCCGUGGCCGUAGAUCUUUGUCAAAGUAACCCCUGCCACAACGGAGGUAUUUGCGCCAAUCACAUCAAUGGAUACGUCUGUGCUUGUUCUGAGGGAUUCUACGGACGCGAUUGCGAAAGGUUAACUUCGGAGGAACUACUCACUACGGCUGUCUUAAUUGAUGAAAUUCGCACCACUCCUUCAGAUCAGGAAAUUAUUACUACAACUGUUUCACCGAGCACUGUGACUGUCGCAGCACCUGUGUCUACUACUACUGCUGCAAAUGCUGCCGUCGGGGUGGGAGAGCAUAGCAUCACCGUAAUGUCGCUGACAACUCUUGCUUCAACUGAGGGUGUGGCUGUAGAAUCUGGGGAAAGCAGAUCCUCAACACCCACCGAGGUCUACCUGAUUGUGGUAAUAGCGGCCGUCGCGAUCAUCGUCCCUGCCAUAAUUCUGUUCGUUAUUUGUCUAGUCUACAGGCAGAGAACGAGGAGGAACAGUAGCAAGAGGGAGGAUUCGGAAUCUCCAGAGAUGAACAACCGCAUUUGUGAACGCGACUUAAAGGCGAUGAAAAGCAAGGAGAUUGACAUCUCGCCACCUUCCUCCAUAAGUGUUAAAGUGUGCAAUGAGGAGAGUAACAGUCUGAAAAAGACGAACAGAGACCUUAAAAAAUUAAAGGAGUUUGAGAAUGACUUUAAGGCCGAGAAGGCCCUGCAGCAAAAUGCACAGCUGUUCAGCCAAGAACUAUCGAUGAAGUGUAACCAGAGGGUUGCAAAACCUAUGAAUAGCGAAGACUGUGUCAGCAGUACUAGUUUUAGUAGCAGUGCAAAAGACUAUAAAAGCUCCAAGAGGAAAGAAUUGGAGCAACCCUAUCAUUUAAAAGACUGUGAAAAAAUUGUGCAUUGUGCGGCCGAUUCAGUGGACUCUGUUCAUUAUAAAAUUACCAAUACAGUUAGGCACUGUACCAGCAGCUACGGAGAGAAAACGCCACAAAAUAGCGAUUGCUUUGAAAAUCCAUGUCCAAGAAAAGGCUAUCCUAUGUCAAGCAGCUGUAAUACACUGUAUCUUAGCGACGAGAGUCUGUCGCCAAAAGCAACAGAGGUUUAAAUAACUCGCAAUAGCUCCGUUGCUAUGCAGUUGCUAAGGUCCGCGGAGAGUUACUGUAGGAGACUUGUAGAGCUGAACAUCGCACAAGAAAUACCGAGAUGGCCGUGCCUUUCCUAGAAUAUGCUUAAUCACAUUCCAUGAACCUUGUAUUAUUUUGUGAAUGCUUGUGAACAGAGUUGGCUAAAAGCUGCCAUUUGUUUUUGUUUUGUUUUUGUUUUCUGCUUUAGUAAAGAGACACUGUCGUGACCAAUUCAUCAUUACAUUACUGCCAUGGUGUAAAUCAGCCUUAAGUUGCUACAAUUUUUUUUUUCUAUGAAAUUUGGAGAAAAAAUUACAGUAAAAUUAAAAAUAUUGACUGAGCAAUAACUAUUUCAAGAGUACAAAAUUGACUAAGAUAUUUUAUAUAUUUUUAUGAGUUGUAAAUUUUAAAAAUUGGUUGCUUUAAUACAGAAUUAGUACAAAAUUGAAAAAAAAUAAUAUAUUGAAUGACGUCAUAAAUACCUAAUUGUAGACCACUCUUUGGGUCUACAUCGUUCUGUAUCCAUAGUAACGUCUGUAAACUGGGUUACAAAAUUCUUUUUUACAAAUAAUGAAUGCAUUUCUCUCCAAGGGACCUAUUACACUAUUUUAUAAUAUUACAUUUAACAGAAAACCACAUUGGAUUAGAUUGAAUUAGACGUAUAUAAAUCCGUUACUAGAGUCUAGUAUUAGAAUCCUGUAAAUCUUGAUUUUUUUUUGUAGAGCAACGUCUUUUUUUGUCUGUACAUACUGUGUAUAAAAUGCAUUGAGGUGUAUAUAUAUAAACAUUCUAUAUAAUAUUGCAUAUGUUGGUACUAUGCCACUUAUUCAUUGUUAAUAAUAAAAACGUCAGAAUUUGA